AUGGCCAGCAGGGGAAGCUCAAGGGCUAAUGGAGUAGGCCAGACAAAGAUAUGCCAGUUCAAGCUUGUGCUACUUGGAGACAUGGCAGUGGGCAAGUCCAGUCUCGUAUUACGGUUCGUCAAGGGUCAGUUUGAUGAAUUUCAAGAAACCACUAUAGGAGCUGCCUUCUUGGCUCAGUCUGUGUGUCUGGAUGAUACAACUGUAAAAUUUGAGAUCUGGGACACUGCAGGACAGGAACGAUAUCACAGCCUUGCCCCCAUGUACUAUAGAGGAGCUCAGGCUGCCAUUGUGGUAUUUGACAUCACCAAACCCGGAAACGUUUGAUCGGGCAAAGGCAUGGGUAAAGGAAUUACAACGUCAGGCAAGUCCUAAUAUCGUGAUUGCUUUGGCUGGCAACAAGUCAGAUUUGGCAGAGAAGAGGAUGGUGGAAUUUGAAGAGGCUCAGUCAUAUGCAGAGGACACAAGCUUGUUAUUCAUGGAGACAUCAGCAAAAACAGCAAUGAACGUGAAUGAGUUGUUUUUAGCAAUUGCAAAGAAAAUGCCGAAAUCCGAUGCCCAGAAUCCAACCCACGCUGCCCGCAACAGAGGCGUAAAUCUCCAGGGCUCGGAUCAACAACCCAGAAGUGGCUGCUGCAGCAAUUGA